GAAGCGUACCUGGUUGCUAGGCGACACGUGAAGGCGUGAGUGAUGAUGCUCUGCGCAUUGAUAUAUUAAUUAGCCAACUGUGAAGCGGUCACAGAUUUGGCAGAUAAAUUGAAGUGGACCUUGACCAAAUAAAUUUACUCUCCAUUCAUUUAUCAGUCUCUUUUAAAAAACAGACAUCUACAACAAAAGAGAACAGUUAAUAGUAUUUCAUUUCCCUCAUAUGUCCUACAAUAUUUUUUUUCCACGUAGGUGGAAAGUAGACCCGAAACAUUGAUUAUUUUUCGUCUUUCAGAUAUAGCCGCUAUAUUAACACGGUGAAGACAAAAUCAUAGCUAGACCAUACAACAUAAUACUCAGACAGAAACCUAAUGUAUGCUAGCUGUAAGGCGUAUGGAGGCACCCUCCCCUCUCUGUCUCGACUAAAGACUCCCCCAUUUUAAGAAUCAUAUUUUCCUCCGUCUUUUCCUGAGUCAUUGCGUUGCACAGCCGGUCUCCUGUGUGGUUUUCAACGGUUUUCUGGCUCCUGUCAGGUCCCUCCGGUGAACAAAUUCGACGACCUUUGAGAUGACUGAAGUGGCUUCAAGCCGCCGCGAGAUGACAGAUCAGCCAUUGUCACUUCAACAUUCGCUGGGCCCUCCUCCCACAUCGCUUACCACCAAUAGGAAGGCAUCUCCUUCUCGAUCACCAUCCAGCCAGAGCAGCCCUUCAGAGAUUUUUGAGGUGCUGCAGGAUAAGGAGCGUCGCACGCAGCAGCGGCUGGACCGCUGUGCCGAGGAGCGAGGGAGGAAGAUGGAAGAGCAGAGGAAGAAGGAGCAGAAGCGCAGGACAGCAGCUGAGGAGAAGAGACGGCAGCAGCAAGAGGCAGAGAAGGAGAGGCUGGAGGCCCUGGUCCGCCGGCGAGCUGGAGGUCCUGAGAGACGAGGAGGAGGUGGAGGUGGAAAUGGAGCAGGGGAGGCCCAGGACCACCUGGAUAUUAGGCCUAAACGCUGGACAUGGGGAGGGCCGCCUGAUGGAGUGGAGGGUAACCCUAAGAUCCCGUCCUGCCAUGCCAUUGGCUCCGCUAAGCCCAAUGAGCUUCCUGCUGCUUCCAGCACCAGCCAAUCCCGUAACGUUGGUGACUUCCUGUCUCCACCCGAGAUGGAUCCACCAAUCAACAAACAGCUCUCCAACUCUUCAGCUGCCCUACAUUCACCAGAGAGAGCUUCCUCCAACAAUCGCAGACCGUAUAGAAGUUCCUCCAACCGCAGGAGCGUCACUGGACUCCCUGAAGAGACGUCCAGAGCCAAAACACCUACGGGGGAGUCUCCUAACACGCCGGUCCGCAGCUCAUCCUUCAGGGCCAACAGCAAGGGUCCUGCCACACCGAAACGGGUGAGCUCGACCAGGAGUCGUGCUCAGUCACCCUGUUCCCCAGGCCAGUACCCCCCCUCCCCACUCCGGCAGAGGGCCACCACCCCCGGCACUGAUGACAGGGGUCACCCUGAGGUCAAAGGUCACAGAACCCUGGAGAGGAAAUCAACCAAAUCUGAGACAUCUGAGAGAAAGAUCCCAAAAUCCACCAGCAAAGAACUGACUGCAGAGUCUCCGGGCACGCCCACAGGCCGGAGUGUUGGUGGCACGAUGGAUGCUGAGGAGGCAUCCAGACUGCUGGCUGAGAGGCGACGUCUGGCCCGAAUACAGAAGGAGCAGGAGGAGAGACAACGGCAGGAGGAGGAGAGGCUGAGGGCUGAGGAGGAGCAGAGGAGGCAGCAGGAGGCGAGAGAAAGGCAGGAGAGAGCUGCACAGCAGGCCGAGGAGGAGAGGCUGAGGCGGGAGGAGGAGAGGAGGAUCAGGGAGGACGAAGAGAGACGACAGAAGGAGCAGAGAUGGAAGGACAUGCAGGAUCAGCUGGACAGAGAGAGGGAGGAGGCCUUCCUGCGAGCCCAGAAAGAGGCAGAGAGGAAGAGACAGGAGAGAGAGCUGCUGCACAUCCAGGAGGAGCAGGAGAGAUUGCAGAGGAAGAAGAGAAUUGAGGAGAUCAUGAAGAGAACACGGAAGAGUGAAGUGGAGCCUCUGUCUGGUGCUGCAGCAUCCGACAUGAGGGCAGAUGCUUCGGUCCCUUUGGAGGAGGACGCCCCAACUCCAGCCGAUGCCCCCGUCAUCAUGCUUGGACCCCUGGAGAACAAGAGCUGUGUGGACGAGCUGUCUGACGGAGUCCAGUCCAUGGACGUCAGUUCUCCAUCUGUCUCCAUCAGUCCAGUCUCCAGGGAGGAGCAGCCGAGUGCUCAAGAGUUUUCACCUGUCACAGAGGGGACGGAUGGCUGCCCCCUGGACCACUUGAUGGACCUUGACGCUCAAGGACGAGAUCAGCGUCAUGGUGCGGAAACACCCCCCUACCCUAAACUGCAGGCUGGCAGUGGUGUUGGAGACCUCAACAAGAACCUAUUGAUCCAAGCGUACAGCGCAGCCUCUGAAUCCUCCCAGCUUAUCCACAGCGUCGGCCCGAGCAAACUAGACGUCCAGUAGCCAGGACAUUUUCAGGAGCUGGCAGGUUCUGUAGAAACUGAAACCAGGAGAAAUGGGCCAAGAGACCGUCACCUCUGUCUGCAGCAACGACAACAAUUAACUUCAUUUCCACAAGGAAGAAAUGCUGAUCAACUGAGUUCACACAUCUGUAUUACCAAACCUUGCAAACUUGUAACAGUAACACUUCUGGACACAUUUUGAGGCAGUGCAAAUGGACAGUUUUGACUCUCACAAACACAAUAUUCCUUGUCAAAAUCUGAUUUAUAAUGUAGUUAUGUGAAAGGAAAGAAAGUGGGAUUAGUGUUCUUGCACAUUUGUCAUACAAAAGUUAUGUUUAGGUAAGUAAAUGGGCUACAAAUUUAACAUCAGGUUUAUUAAUAUGAAGCUCAGGCUUGCUGAAAACAUUUGUCCAACUUUAAAACUUACUGUAUGGGUGAGAGAUGGGGACUGAAACUGUUUUUUGCAUUGAAGACAUUUCACAAAAUUGCAAAUUUGAUGUUGCAUCUUUCACUGAUCUUUUUGUUCCUAACAACUCUGAAAUCAGUACAUCUCCUCUACAUCUGGUCCUGUUGGAGCCACCAUUGCCCAGCUGCACUGUCACAAAAUAUUAAUCAAGUAUCAUCUGCUUUAAUCUCUCAUCCCUGCUUUUGUAAAACUCUGUAAAUAGAUGUGACCAGGUGGAGGAGGAGGAGCGGCUCUGUAGCAGUUUAUCUGGAAGGACGCCGUAAAACAGACACUUUUGUGUAAAUACUGUGUAGCAUCUGCAGUGAGGACUAGCUAGUUAAGCUGUUUAUGACUGUAGCAGUGAAAUUCAACAGUGUAUGAGUUUCUCUCUAUCUGUCAGUGUUUCUGAUGGUUGCUGUGUCUUUAUCUCACCUCUGACCUGUUCUACUGCUGACAGCGACUCCCAAGUUCUUUAAAUCCCAGUCUGCUGUAAAUUUCCUGUCAUCCUGACGCUGGAGAAAGUCAUCAACAACCAAUAUUAUAACCCUGCUGUUGACCCAUAACUCUUAGCUUAUAGCUUUGGUUUUUCUGCUGCUUGUUGUGGAUAUUUUGUAGAAGUGCAACAAUCCACAGCCAGGAUUUGAAGAAAACCUGGGAGGCAAAAGGCAGGACAAAAAUAUGUCAAAUGUCCUGUAUUUUUAUCUAUAGGACAGGAGCACUUUGACACAGUGUGUUGUGUAUUUGUCUGGCACUGACUGUAACCCUGCUAGCUGCAGUUUAUAGUGUGCACUUACAGUAGUUGUAUGUUCCACUGCUCUUAAGACGCUUGUAUCUCAGCUCACCCCCCCUCCUGAACUAAAAUAUACCUCACCAAUUCAGAAUAGACUCUGGUGUUAAACCGCGAUCACCACCUCGCAGAUCAUCACCUCUGAGGCCUUAAACCUCUGUGCAGUCAACAUCUUCCCUUAAAACAGUCCAUCCUCUGUGUUUGCCCCAGGCUGAGUUUCAUCCAGCAUGGGCACGUUUGCUGUUUAGAGGAUCUUUUCGACUAAAAGAUCCUGCAAGUAGAGAGACAAGAACUUCAAAUAUUCCUUGAGCAAGGCUGUUUGAUUUUCAGCUGCAUCUGACCAGGCAGUUCGGAAGGAAGUGACAGAAAAAUUGAAAGUAUCUGAAAGAAAGGUUGAAUUACAUGCAGGGUACAGCAUGGAACUGCUUUGGGGCCACAGGUUCUCAAGGGUCCUAAAAAUUCCCAUGGUUACCAUGUGGAUAAUCAGAGCCAUAGGUGGGAAUGUAGUAAUACUGAAAUAAUAAGUUCAACUCACUAAACUCUUUUUCAACUCUCUGACUUCUUUUCUGACAACAAUCAAACUCUGUAUAAAUGUGUGAGUAAUUAAGGAAAAUCACAUUCUGUUCUCUCUUGACAAAUAUUUAGUUAUAUUAUUUUAUUUUUUAAACAUCCAAUCUAAGUUUUGCCUAAAAGUUACUUCCCAUCACAUUGUAUUUAUUCAACUCUUCACCUGUGUUUCUAGUAACAAUUUCCAGAGAUAGUACAGAGGCAAUGACCUCAGUGUCAGUGUCCUCGAUAAUAACGCCCUCUUUAUUUACAUUUAUAUUGUGGCCAAGUGAUGCAUGUUCCCCUAUAACUACAAAUGUACUUGAGAUGAUUGCCCAUCUAAGGGAAGGGGUAGGAAAUGGGGGAAAGCAAUCAAUUUUGGAUCCAGGUGCAAAGAAAGUUCUUUAAAAAACCUUCUUGCUGUGGAAAAGUGGCUCUACUGCUCUUCCAAGGUGCCACAUUGAGGGGAAAAAAAGAUGUUUACUUGUCACUGCUGCAACUUUCAGUGCAUUGUUUUAUGUUUUUAUUCAUCUUUCAGCUUCCCUUUCUCCGUGUUAGCUCAUUAUUCCUCCAGAUUCUGCUGAAAUAGCUUUGUAAGAGGGUCUCCUGCGUGCCCUUGUAUAUGACGUAAAAAUAAAGGACAUAAUGAUUAACGUAAUGUUACUUAACUCUCUGACACUGCAGCUUGGUGGAUUAUAUCAUUGUAAAUGUGGUGCAUGGAUAACUGCUGAGAACAAUAAACUUCAUCAAGACAUUUGUGUCAGUGAGCUGGAUACAUAAACAUAUCUGAUAACAGCAAACAGACAAUUGAGACAAUGGAACUGAAAUGGAGGAAAUGAAGAUUUUAAAAGGUCUCAGGUGUUUAGUUUUUGACCUUCUUAACGUGACAUAUGAAAGUAUAAAUCUAGUGCAGGACUUAA